AUGACCACCGAAGCCGAGUCCAGGCCCUUCAACGCCGCAUCGUUCUACGCGUUCCUGAAAGAGGGGCGGUUCAUGGGGGUGCGGUGCCGGGAGAAUGGCAACAUCUACGCGGAAGCCCGGCCCAUUGACCCGGUGAGCCACAGCCGGGACAUGGAAUGGCACGAGCUGAGUGGGCGCGCCACACUGACCACCUUCACGUGCAUUUCGGUAGCGCCGGCGUCGCUGGAGGCGAAGGGCUACGGACGCAACAAUCCGUAUUGCACCGGGAUAGUGACGCUGGAAGAAGGUCACGAAUCAGCGCGCGAAUCUCCGGUGUAGAUGCAGCCAACCCGCAGAAUAUCCCGUCCGAUCUGCCCGUGGUGCUGGCGUUGGAUGAGAUCGACGCCAACGACCCCGGGCUGGUGUUCCGGC